AUGAUGGCCUCCUCCUCGUCCUCCUCCAGCCUCUGUGAUCAUCUCUUGCAAGAUGACCUCCCAUGGCCUUCCAUGCCAUUUGCUCCUGCUCUCCAAGCCUUUGGAUUAAAUCCCCAAUGGAGCCAGCCCCUAGUGCUUGACCAGCUGAACUCACCUGAGCUUGAGUCACUCCUCUCAGUUCAAGGCCACCAUUACAGUCAGCUAGCUUCUGCUCCGACCUUGAACCCCCCUCAGGCUCAGCUCAGCACGGUGUUGAUGAUGCAGGAGCUAGGGUUCCAAUGGAGCAGCUACGCUGUGGCAGCAGAUCAUACUACUGCAACGUCCAUGAACAAUGUGAUGAAGGAGGAGGAGCUACGACGACGUACCGAUCAAUCCCUCAGCUCAACGUCGUCAUACGGCACCACGACGACGACGAUCUACACCGAUAUGCAUCAGCUGGCCGCUAAUUUGGACGGCGCCGUGCUCCCAAGCAUCAACGUCUCGCGACUGCACAAGCCGGCAGGUGCCGGCGAUGCGUUGCCGGAAACGAUGUUAGCAACAUCGAUCUCGUGCAAGAGGCAGGCUGCUGCGGCUUCAGUGGUCGGCCAUAGCGGCAUGAGAGAUGAGCAUGUGCCCUGGACCUAUGGCCCUCCUGCUCAUCUAAUUCAAGGACCAUCCAUGGACGACAUCCACACCCUGCAGAUGAAGAGGAAUACCAACGCAGCAGCAACAGCAGCUAAAGGGAGAAGUGGCUGCCAUGGGAGUUCAACAGAGCGCAGAUCAUCAACAGAGCUGCCGUCAUCGUCAAAGAAGCCCCGGCUGGAGUCACGCUCCUCCUCUGCCCUCAUCCCUUCAUUCAAGGUAAGGAAAGAGAAACUAGGGGAUAGAAUUUCCGCUCUUCAGCAACUGGUCUCACCCUUUGGUAAGACUGAUACCGCUUCGGUACUCAUGGAGGCCAUCGGUUACAUAAAGUUUCUUCAGGACCAAGUUGAGACUUUGAGCGGUCCAUACCUGAGAUCAUCCAAGAACAGCAAGAAAGCCUGCAGGGCAGCACAACAACGGAAGGGAGCAUCAAAUGGAGGGGAAGCAGCAGCAAAGCUUGACCUGCGAAGUAGAGGACUCUGCCUGGUGCCCCUGUCUUGCACGUCGUACGUCACCAACGAGAAUGGAGUUUGGCCUCCACCCAAUUUCAGAGGAAACUGAACUAAUCCAUCACAGAUUCACACUAGCUACAAUGUCAGCUCAUCUAGCUAGCUACAACAGAUCCAACACACAAACCUGUACUACUCAUCAAACUGAUCAACACUAUAAGACUUGACUGGAGGAUCUCAGUAUCUGAUUCUUCUUCUUUUGUCUGGUCUGUAUGUCUCUGCUUUCUUAAGAAUUUGGUCUUUGCUCAGGCACACUGGCUCCUACAGCAGUCAAAUAGCCAGAGCUGAGACCUGCCCAAUAUGUGACAU